AUAUAUAUAUGUAAAACCAGAUUAAUUAGAAGUCAGAUGUAAAUCAACGUGAGACCAUGAAGACAAUAGUUGUUCUAUUGGCGAUUUGCCUUACUAGGGCUGCUUCGCUCCCGCGACAGCAGGACAGGAUUAUUGGUGGAUCGGUGACCAAUAUUAAUACCUAUCCGUUCGCUGCAGCUCUACUUUACUCGCAAAGUAAUAAUUUCCGUCAAGUUUGCGGCGGCACAAUUAUAAACAAUAGAUCUAUCCUAUCGGCUACUCAUUGUUGGAUACGUCAGCUAGCCGCAAAUCGUCACCGUAUCCGCGUUGGUUCUACCAGAGCCAACAGCGGUGGCACGGUACAUAACGUCGCUCAACUCAUCAGCCAUCCGCACUAUAAUACUUGGAACCACGACAAUGACGUUGGCUUGGUCAGAGUAACAAGUGCUUUCCGAUUUGGGACCAGCGUGCGGGCUGGGGCUCUCAUUGGAGCCAAUGUUAAUAUCCAUGACAAUACAAACGUUAUGGCAAUCGGAUGGGGAAACACAACUCCGUUUGGAAGCCCAUCAGAACAACUUCGUCACGUUCAAAUUCGGACAGUUAAUCAAGUUACUUGCCAAAAUGCCUAUGGUGGAGGCACCAUCACUGCUAACAUGUUAUGUGCUGGCAUGAGUGGUCGGGGCUCAUGCUUUGGUGACUCUGGCACCGGUCUGGUCCACGGUAGCGUGGUUGUGGGUGUUACCAGUUUUGGUCGCGAAUGUGCUUCUGCGCGCUGGCCUGCCGUCUACGCAAGAGUUUCUCGGUUUAUUCCCUGGAUUCAAGCGAAUGCUUAGGAACAAUUAUUGUCUUCAUUAAUUUGCAAUUGAUUAAUUAUCCUGCAGAUAUUAGCGAUUGGACUACUGUACAACUACCUUUUGUA